AUGUCCACGUUGAGCACCCCAUCGUCGAAGCCUGCGCGGAGAACACCCUUCACGCCCAGCAAGAGGCCUCUGUCUUCGUCGUCGUCCUCUAGCAGCAGCAGUGACCUCGUGAACCGCCUCAACCGAACAGGAUCAAGCUCCUCUGGCACAAGUAACAUUCUAGGCUCGACGCACAAGCGCUAUAAGGCGCCUGUGUCAUCGGAAUCGAGGCCAAGGACUUAUACGAAGCCUCUCUCGACGAUACCCGGGUCGCCACGACCCAAGACCCCAUACGAGAGAUCCAAAACGCCGACGUUCGAGGAUUCACCGACGAGCAAGAUGGACGUCAGUAAUGUCGACCCUGAAGCGGUCCUCGUGGAUUCGGAAACUGUCGAGGCAGACGUAUCUGCUGAGAUGGACGAGGCGUGGUUGAGGACGAUGAGUGCCGACCAUGGGAAGCGAGACAAGGUCAUGGUCUCUAUCAGGCGUGUAUUUUUUUUUUGGCAUCUCUACUCGGCAUGGAUUGCGUCGUCGAGCGCCAGUUCCAUUCAUCUCGAUCCCGUCCAUGCAAAGUCUGGCGCUCCGAACCCCGCGGAGAACAAAUUUGACUUUGACUCUGUACUCACUGGCUCACCGAAUAAACCUAUUUAUAGCACCGUCGCUCAAUCGCAUGUGUAUGCCGCUAUGGAAGGAUACAACUCUGUCAUCUUUGCAUACGGACAGACCGCUUCAGGGAAGACGUACACCCUCUCUGGUGAUGAAAGUGAACCCGGUAUCAUUCCCCGUGCCAUGAAGGAUGUUUUCCGGUUCAUCAAGCGAAAUGAGGAGAGGGAAUAUCUCCUUCGUUGCUCCUACCUCGAGAUCUACAACGAGUCCAUCCAUGAUCUCCUCGCUCCCGUUGGCAGUCCGGCUGUGAUGAUCCAAGGAGGAGGGAGCGAGGUCAUCUUGAACCCCCUCCGCGAGGAAGUUGUGACGAGCUUGAAGGGUGUCAAGGAUGUGUUGAAGCGCGGGGAGAGCCAUCGACGGACGGCUUGUACGGACUGGAAUGAGAGGAGCAGUCGGAGUCAUAGUGUUUUCCGGCUGGUGAUCGAAAGUAGGGAGCGUGGUGAAGCCUUGGACGAGUCGUUCCAUGGACGAGUGACUCCAGCGCCGAGUGGAAGACAGACACCUGGUGUGAGCGGGAGGCAGACACCGGGUCAUGGUGCCGGUGGUAAGCCUGGUCCGAAGCUGCAAGCGAGAGGUGGAAGGAGUGUGCAGACGUCUGUUUUGAGUCUUAUUGAUCUCGCUGGUUCAGAAAAAGCGACGAGUGAUAAAGAGCGUACAAGGGAAGGGAAGUAUAUCAACACUAGUUUGUUGACCCUUGGUACCGUCAUUGGAACACUCUCGGAAAAUGUCGCCAAAGGGAAGAGUGAUCAUGUUCCUUUCCGAAACUCAAAGCUUACCCGAAUGCUUCAACCAUCGUUGUCUGGCAAUGCCCGCAUCAGCGUCGUUUGCACGAUCAAUCCUGAUAUCAGCGCUAUCGCAGAAAGCACGAGUACUCUCCUCUUUGCGAGACGCAUCAAAGGCGUCAAGCUCAACGCUCAAAAGAAGGAGAUCGUCGAUACAGACGCGCUCAUUGAACGGUACAGGAAGGAGAUUGAAGACCUCAAAGCCCGUCUUGCAGAGAAGGAGGCCGCUGUUGGUGAUCGACGCCAGUCUUCGUCGGUGUCGGUGAAACGAAGGCUAUCAGUAAAAGAGAAAACGGACGAAUCAAAAGCCAUGAAGGAUCUGAAUACCAGAAUCCAGCAGCUCACGAAGCUGAUCCUGACGAGUCAGACGGUCGAUGAGUCAUCUGCAGACUCGAGGCCAGGAAGUCCUGUCAAGAUCGACUUUGAUAUGUCUCCUUACCAGCUCCAACAAGAGCUUCUCGCUGCCCGUCUCCAGCUUGAAUCGCAAGCGACACAGAUCCUGUCUCUUGAAGCCGCUCUGGAAGCACGUCCGCCCAUCCCACCAGAGAACGAGAGGGACAAGAUGAUCGCAGACCAAGCCAAGGUGAUCAAGGAGCUGGAGAUCGUGGUGAGAGGGUACGAGAGUAACCUCGGGGAACCGCUGAGGGCUGUUAGGGAGGAUGUUGAGCGGGAGUGGAUGGGAAAGGUUGGCGACGAGGUUCGGAAGAGGGAAGAAAAGGAGCGGUGGGCAGACGAGUUGGUAAAGCAGUUGGAGAAAGAGAAGCAUAUGCGCAUCAAAGUGGAGGACCAGGCUCGAGCUCUGACCGCAUUUGUGACGAAGCUGGAUGCUCUUGGCUUGGGUGGGCUGUCACUGGGGUCGAUAAAUAAGGAGAAUGAAUCUCUUGGAUCGCCUGGGAAGGGAGAGAAGUAUGUGAGCCUGCUGGAUCAGGUCCCCGAGGAAGAAUGGAGUAUGACUGGGGAUUUCAGUUUUGAGAUGGAAAAGGUGCCGGCCAUGAAAAGGGAGCCUUUUGGGGGGAAGGAGAAUGUUGCGUUGUAAGGAGGGUGCGUCCCGGUUUAUGCUUUACUAUUUGACCACAUGCUGGUUUUCUAAAUGCCAAACUCUACGAUCUAUGUGUAUUAUUGUACAUCUACUGCAUGAGCGUCACGCGGCGUCUAGUAGUCGCAUUUCAUCCCGACUCUCAUGU